AUGCACAUCACAAGAGACACAAUACUCCUCAUAAAAGACUCAAACCCCCAUCACAAGGGACAGAAUAACCUUCACAAGAGACAGAAUGACCCUCACAAGGGACAGAAUGACCCUCACAAGGGACAGAAUGACCCUCACAAGAGACAGAAUGACCCUCACAAGGGACAGAAUGACCCUCACAAGGGACAGAAUGACCCUCACAAGAGACAGAAUGACCCUCACAAGAGACAGAAUGACCCUCACAAGAGACAGAAUGACCCUCACAAGAGACAGAAUGACCCUCACAAGAGACAGAAUGACCCUCACAAGGGACAGAAUGACCCUCACAAGGGGCAGAAUGACCCUCACAAGAGACAGAAUGACCCUCACAAGAGACAGAAUGACCCUCACAAGAGACAGAAUGACCCUCACAAGGGACAGAAUGACCCUCACAAGGGACAGAAUGACCCUCACAAGAGACAGAAUACCAAGAGACUCAAGAGUACGUUCACCUUGUAG